GGGGCCUGUGCGCCCCGGGAAGGGAGGGGAAGAGGUAGGAACAGCAGUGAGGUGACCACAAGCUAACUGCGGGCGACUGACGAGAUAUUGGAGUUAUCUGCUUGUGAAACAGUGAAACCUGCAGAACUAUGGAUGAUACAAAAACUUCAGUUGAUACUAAAGAGCACCCUGAUAGUGAGGUACAGAAAUAUCGAGUCAUAACCCUGAAAGAGUGGCAGGACAACUGGGUAAAUCACAAAAUUGGAUUUCAUCAAGCCGAAGGACAUCAGCUAUUAAGGAAGCAUUUGGAUACUUUUCUUAAAGGGGAGAGUGGACUGAGAGUGUUUUUUCCUCUUUGUGGAAAAGCAGUGGAGAUGAAAUGGUUUGCAGAUCUGGGACACAGUGUAGUUGGUGUUGAAAUCAGUGAACUUGGAAUACGGGAAUUUUUUAUGGAGCAGAACCUUACUUACUCAGAAGAACCAAUCACUGAAAUUCCUGGUGCAAAAGUAUUUAAGAGUUCUUCAGGGAAUAUUUUGCUGUACUGCUGCAACAUUUUUGAUCUGCCCAGAGCAAAUGUUGGUAAAUUUGACAGGAUUUGGGAUAGAGGAGCAUUUGUCGCUGUGAAUCCAAGUGACCGAGGACGCUACGCAGGUGUGAUGCUGUCCCUCCUGAGGAAAGGGUUUCUCUACCUCAUGUCUGUUUUCUCUUAUGACCCAACAAAAUACGAAGGCCCACCAUUUUAUGUUCCACAUUCUGAAAUUCAAGCACUCUUUGGUACAAAAUGCAACAUUCUUUGCCUUGAAAAGGUUGAUGCUCUUGAAAAACUGAAUGUGGGAAGUGACUACUUUUUUGAAAAAUUGUAUCUGCUGACAGAAAAGUAGAGGAUGAAUCAACAAAAUCGAGGAACAUCAAUACUUUAUUACAUUUUUGAGGAACUGAAAAUUUGGGGACAGCUUGAAAAUACAAUGGAUGACUUUUUUAAAAAAGUUUUUACAAGUCAUAAAUCUUUGCUCAAAAAUGUAUAUAACUUUUUAGUUAUAUACAUUUAACAUUUUAUAUACAUAUAAAAAAGUUUUUACAAGUCAUAAAUCUUUGCUCAAAAAUGUAUAUAACUUACCAUGUCAAAGUAGAUCUUUGGAGAGAAUUAUAUAGUCAUGUCUUGUUAACAAAAUGCAAGAAUUUCUAUAGUCCUCAUAUUUCUUAUACAAUGAAGAAAUUAAAGAAACAAAAUGCAUAUAUCUUAAAGAAAUAGAACAAAAACCCUUUAUAUGAAAUUUAGAACCAUUGAAAAAAUGUAGUCCAAAUAAUUAUUAAAAAGACUAGCUUUUACUAUAGACCUUCAUCUUACAUGCAAAUCCUAAAACCCAUUUUCAUGUUUUCUUCAUAUAUAAUUUUAUAUGUGACUGACUAAAGAAACAUAAAAAUUCUAAUCAAACUCGCCUAUAUACAACAAAAUAUUUUUUCCAAGUGCAAGAAUAAAGCUUUUUUUGAGUUUA